AGAUCUUGAUCCUACUCAUGUGCCUAUUCCAAGAAUUAUGUUCUCAACUAUCAAUUUGCCUUCUUGGCCAGUUCAAAGGUGCACAGUUGAUCUUUGUGUUGAUUGAAUUUUCCUUAGCUGCUGGAUGGAGCAUCACACUUUUGUUGUUGGUCAAGAGUUUCCAGAUGUCAAGGCCUUCCGAAAUGCAAUAAAAGAAGCUGCAAUUGCACAACAUUUUGAGCUUCGAAUAAUAAAAAGUGACCUGAUUCGUUACUUUGCAAAAUGUGCUACAGAGGGUUGUCCUUGGCGCAUUCGUGCAGUAAAACUUCCUAAUGCUCCAACUUUUACCAUAAGAAGUCUUGAAGGCACGCAUACAUGUGGGAAAAAUGCACAAAAUGGGCACCAUCAGGCUUCUGUUGAUUGGAUCGUGAAUUUUAUUGAGGAAAGACUACGAGACGAUAUUAAUUACAAACCAAAGGAUAUAUUACAGGAUAUUCAUAAACAUUAUGGAAUCACUAUACCUUAUAAGCAAGCUUGGCGUGCAAAGGAGAGGGGGCUUGCAGCAAUUUAUGGUUCUUCCGAGGAAGGAUAUUGCUUGCUGCCUUCUUACUGUGAACACAUUAAGAAGACUAACCCAGGAAGCAUAGCUGAGGUGUUCACUACGGGUGCAGAUAAUCGGUUCCAAAGGCUCUUCGUUUCUUUCUAUGGUUCUAUAUAUGGAUUCCUGCAUGGUUGUUUGCCAAUUGUCUGUCUUGGUGGAAUCCAUCUUAAUAGUAAAUACCUUGGUACCCUACUUUCAGCAACAUCUUUUGAUGCUGAUGGUGGCAUGUUUCCCCUUGCAUUUGGUGUUGUCGACGUAGAAAAUGAUGAUAGCUGGAUGUGGUUCUUAUCAGAAUUGCAUAGAGCUUUAGAGAUUAAUGCAGAGAAUAUGCCACAACUCACAUUUCUAUCAGAUGUGCAGAAAGGUAUCACGGAUGCUGUAAGAAGGAAAUUCCCAACUUCUUCUCAUGCAAUUUGCAUGCGCCACUUGAGUGAAAGCAUUGGCAAGGAAUUCAAGAAUUCAAGGCUUGUUAAUCUUCUCUGGAAAGCGGCAUAUGCUACUACAACUAUUGGUUUCAAAGAGAGAAUGGCUGAAAUUUAUGAGGUUUCUUCUGAAGCCGCUAAGUGGAUCCAACAAUUUCCUCCUCCUCGUUGGGCAUUGGCAUAUUUUGAAGGUACACGAUAUGGUCAUCUAUCCUCUAACAUUGAGGAAUUUAAUAGAUGGAUUCUCGAAGCUCGGGAAUUGCCCAUAAUUCAGGUGAUUGAGCGGACUCAUAGCAAACUGAUUGAUGAGUUUGAAGAGCGGCGUAUGAAAAGCGCUUCCUGGUUUUCUGUGCUUGCCCCAUCAGCGGAGAAUCGGAUGGUAGAAGCUAUCAGUCGUGCAUCCACGUAUCAGGUCCUUAGAUCAGAUGAAGUUGAAUUCGAGGUUCUAUCAGCUGAUCGAUCAGAUAUUGUGAACAUAGGGAUGCAGUCUUGUUCUUGUCGCGACUGGCAGCUCUAUGGAAUACCAUGUUCACAUGCUGCUGCACAUGCUGCUGACAAACGCCAUUACAACACAGGACAUCUGGAAGAAAAUACUGCAGUAGUAUAUCCUGGAUGUAGGGCGUUUGGUUUGAAGGAGAUGCAUGCAGGUUCUGAUUUUUGUUAA